AUAUGCUCGUAACAACUUGAAAGUGAAAUGGUGACUUACAACUAAAUUCAGAUCCAUGUUUAAUAUUCAAACAUUUAAAGUUUACAAGACGUGGCCCUGCUGAAUCCUGGAGAUGAGUUAGUCUGGUCAAUGAGAAGAAGCCCUUUUGCACUAAUCAUUUUAUCAUUUUCUUAAUCCAUGUUUGUUAUGAUCAGACUCACAGCUUAAUUAGUUGGGUUUAUCUCUGUAUGGGUAUAUAUAUAGAGGGGCUGAUGAGUUGUUCUCUUGCAGGUUUCAGCUGAUUAUCUGAGCUAGAAAAUGAGAGAAAUGUAUUGGGGUUGGUCUGUAGUGGCAGCCACCCUCUUGUUCAUUUGGUUUGCUGCCAAGUUUGUGAUCAACAAGAAGAAGAAUGUGGGCGGAGAAAGAUCAUCAGUAGUGUACAAAAUGCCGCCGGGGAGUAGAGGUUGGCCUUUGAUCGGCCAUAGCUUAAGUUGGUACAACUCGGUUGCAGGUCCUCAUCCUCCUCGCUUUGUUCACCAGCAGGCUCUAAAGUUUGGGAAGAUAUUUUCUUGUAGUCUGUUUGGUAAAUGGGCAGUUGUGUCUGCAGACUCGGGCUUUAACAGAUUCAUCAUGCAAAAUGAAGGCAAAUUGUUCCAGUCCAGUUACCCGAAAUCUUUCAGAGAUUUGGUUGGGAAAAAUGGGGUGAUUACAGUGCAAGGAGAGCAACAAAGGAAACUGCAUAGCAUCGCAUCCAAUAUGAUGCGGUUGGAGAAGCUUAAGUUUCAUUUUUUGAAGGAUAUUCAAAUGAUUAUGCUGCAAACCUUGGGCAAUUUUGCUAACAAUCAAGUUAUUCUCCUUCAGGAUGUUUGCAGAAAGGCAAAGUCUGAUACUUAAAUCAUUGUGCAGGUGGCCAUUAACCUGAUGGUGAAUCAACUGCUGGGUGUGUCUACUGAGUCUGAAAUCAACCAAAUGGCUCAACUGUUCUCUGAUUUCGUUGAUGGGUGUCUCUCUAUUCCAAUCAACUUUCCGGGUUUCGCUUUCCACACUGCCAUGAAGGCAAGGGAGGCUAUAAUAAGCAAAAUCAACAGGAUAAUACAGAUGCGCCGACAGCAAAACUUAUCAUCGAAAGAAGGUGAUGGUGUACUUGGAAGACUAAUAGAGGAAGAAAGCUUGGGUGAUGAUGCAGUAGCUGACUUCAUUAUCAAUCUUCUGUUUGCUGGGAAUGAAACAACAGCUAAAACCAUGCUCUUUGCUGUUUAUUUCCUCACUCACUGCCCUAGGGCAAUGAAGCAACUACUGGAUGAGCACUGUAGUAUAAGAAGCAGGCCUAUCAAUGGAGAAGAAGAGCUACUGACAUGGCAAGAUUAUAAAGCAAUGCCUUUCACUCAAUGUGUGAUUGAUGAAACACUUAGACUUGGGGGCAUUGCAAUAUGGUUGAUGAGGGAGGCAAAAGAAGAUGUUAAAUACCAAGAUUAUGUGAUUCCCAAAGGGUGCUUUGUGGUACCCUUUCUUUCAGCAGUGCAUUUGGAUGAGAAUAUAUACAAGGGAGCUCUCUCCUUCAAUCCUUGGAGAUGGAUGGAACCUGAAAAUCAAGAAAAAAGAAAUUGGAGGAGCAGUCCAUUAUACAGUCCAUUUGGAGGAGGGGCUAGAUUUUGUCCAGGAGCAGAGUUGGCUCGUCUUCAAAUUGCACUCUUUCUCCACUACUUUGUUACCACUUACAGGUGGAGGCAGAUGAAAGAAGAUAGGAUGUCAUUUUUCCCAUCUGCUCGUUUAGUGAAUGGCUUCCAAAUUUGCUUAACCAGAAGCAGCUGCCUAGUUUGAGAUAUUUUCAUUUGUUUCUCUUUUUUAUUAUUUCACUGUCACUGUCACUGCAUCCCAUGUGUAUAUUAUUUUGAAAUUAAGGCUUUGUCUCUCAUACAAAA